AAUAACCAAUAUAAACUCCAAAUCACACUCAAUCCUUUCUCUCUCGGUUUCCGAUUCAAUUCCAGUGAUGAGCUCAGCUCUAUAAUAAUAAUAGCCCUCUGAUUCUGCAUCCUUGUUUCAUCGAAUAUUUGAUGGGGUGCUCAUUCUCAGGUCUGAACGCUCUGUACGACGCCGUUAACGGCGGAGGUGACGUCUGGAUCAACGAGAACCGCUUCAAGAUCGUGAGGCAGCUCGGCGAAGGUGGCUUCGCCUUCGUCUUUUUGGUCAAGGAGGUCGUCUCCGACUCCUCCUCCGCCACCUCUCUCGCCAACAAAUUCAAAGACGCCUCUCACGUCUCUGAUGAUGGAACUUAUGCUAUGAAAAAAGUUCUCAUUCAGAAUAGCGAACAGUUGGAGUUGGUGAAGGAGGAGAUCCAAGUUUCAUCGCUUUUCACUCAUCCUAAUCUGCUUCCACUUCUUGAUCAUGCCAUUAUUUCCGUCAAGCCUACACAAGACCAAUCGUGGAACCAUGAAGCAUAUUUAUUAUUUCCAGUUCAUCUGGAUGGAACUUUACUGGAUAAUGCAAAGGUUAUGAAAACUAAAAAGGAGUUCUUUUCAACCUCAGAUGUUCUUCAAAUAUUCCGGCAGCUUUGUGCAGGACUCAAGCACAUGCACAAUUUUGAACCACCAUAUGCACAUAAUGAUAUCAAACCCGGUAAUGUCCUGAUUACUCAUAGAAAAGGGCAACCACCUCUAGCCAUAUUGAUGGAUUUUGGCAGUGCUCGACCUGCAAGGAAACAAAUUCGCACUCGUUCAGAGGCACUGCAGUUGCAGGAAUGGGCAUCUGAGCAUUGUUCUGCACCAUUUCGAGCUCCAGAGUUGUGGGAUUGCCCAAGCCAGGCAGAUAUUGACGAGAGAACGGAUAUAUGGUCUUUGGGAUGCACUUUGUAUGCCAUAUUGUAUGGAGUAUCUCCAUUCGAAUAUGCACUUGGUGAAUCUGGAGGGAGCCUACAAUUGGCAAUAGUCAAUGUCCAGAUCAAGUGGCCAGCUGGACCUAAGCCUCCAUUUCCAGAUGCUCUUCACCAGUUUAUUACAUGGAUGCUUCAGCCACAGGCUGCAGUUCGUCCACGAAUUGACGAUAUCAUAAUACAUGUGGACAAGUUGAUUUCAAAGUUCUCUCAAUGAGAUAAUAUAGAAUGAAAUGAACUUUCUUUGCAUGUGCUGACUUUGCACAUUUCAGCAAAGCUCCUUAAAGUCAGUUAUCAUGCAGCCUUCUUUUGUACUUCAGACUCAAUAGGGCAAUUGAAUUUAUAGUAGCCUCUCCAUUAUUUCACAGGUACUGUUUGAGUUAGGUUGGCAGUUUGUGCAUUUGGUUUAUUGUUAAUGUUUCGCUUUCUUCUGUCUCUACUAUUUGAUUUUGUAUUUGUAAUUUAUGGAACUCCUAGUCUCCUUUGUCUUGGUUUCGAUGAAUAGUGAAAAUACAAUAAUUGUGAUACAAAAUCCUGGCUUUCCCUCCAAAAGCUUGUAAAGUUUUUCCU